AUGGUCAUCGGACACGAAAUUACCCACGGGUUCGACAAAAGCGGCCGCAGAGUCGAUGGCGACGGAAACUUGAAACAGUGGUGGUCCAACGCUACCAACGAUGCGUUCAAGACGAAAGCCCAGUGCUUUAUCGACCAAUACUCCAACAUUGUCGUCAAGAGCGAAUUGCCUGACGUUGUCUUGGGCAACAUCAGUGGCAAGGACUCUUUGAAUGAAAACAUUGCAGACAAUGGGGGGCUCAAGACCAGUUUUCGCGCGUACCACGAGUACUUGAAGGAGUUCCCAUCCCAGUACACGGAAGAAGCAGGCGACAAAUCUUUGAAGCAGACGCACCCGCGCGGCCGGUACCGCGUGACAGGGGUGUUGCAAAACAACGCUGAGUUUGCCCGUGUGUUCCAGUGCCCCACCGACUCUUACUUGAACCCGUCCAAGAAGUGCUUGUUGUGGGAAUAG